UAUACCAGAAGUAACAUUGAUAUUGAUAACAUAUCUGAUUUUGAAAGUUAUUCUGAUGUUAAUAAUAUUUCUUUUCAUGAUGAGCUGAAAGAUUAUGAUAAUAUUGAAGAUCUCGACAAUGAUAAUAUUUCUUUUUAUGAUGAUAAUUUUUCCAUUUAUGAUGAGCCAAUAGAAAAUGAUAAUAUCAUAAGCAUUGUAAAAAAAACUACAAAAAGUGGCAAAAAAGUAUCAUCAGAAACAUGCUUUUCAAGAAAUACAUAG